UAUAGAAUUUAUAUAUGUACAUCAGCUGGUUCAUAUUGCUGUUAUAUGUGCAAACUUGUAAUGAGAAUUUAGGAUUUUUGAGUGAAUUUAAAGCAAAGAAAAUAUGAGUCUACAAACGGAGGAAAAACUUUCAACAUUUAAUCCAAAAAAUCCACAUGAUUUGGGCGAUCCUAAUGACACAUCUUUGAGGAAAGUGGAAAAGGAAGUGCUUAUCCCAAGGAUUAUGCGUGAUCGUGCGAAACAAAUACACUGCAGUAAGGAAGUACAGGAUUUUGAAACAUGCUGUAAGGCCAACAGCAUAUUAAUGGUUGUAACAUGUCGAAAUGAAAAUUCCGCACUAAAGUCAUGCUUAACAAAGUGGUAUAAUAAUGAAGAGUUCAAGCAAGAGUGCACGAAAAUUUAUCUGGAAGAGCGUUCAGAAUACCGGCGUACUGGCAUUCCAAAAAAACAUCGUGUGCAAAAGAUGUAAUUGUUAUUGUUCAAUAUAAUUCAUUUCGUUAUCUUUUGACUUUGUACAAAUGAAGUGCUGUUAAAUCGUCGUACUAUUGUUUCGGAAAUUUUUAGAGCAGUAAUAUCAGAAAUAAUAUUAUAAGUUAAAACAUCUGGUUUCGUUACUUCUAGCAGCAGCACAUCUUUAUCUGAAGUUUCGGCAAUGCGCUGAAGUCCUUUAAGAUCUUUGAUUGAUAUAGCUUUUGUAUUGGAUUUAGGUUGCACAAAUAUUAUGAAGCUUGCAUGAUUGUAGCGCGGUCCUCUUUUAUAAAUUA